AUGAUAAACAGGCCAAAUCCUAAAGGAGCUGGUGAAAUCCAUUCACCAGAUGCUCCACACAAGAAUGAAAAUAACAGAGAAGAAAUGCCUUUGAAAAAAGAAGUGAAGAAGAGGAUAGAGGAUGGUGGUGAGGAUGACGAGGAUGUUGAUGGAGAAAACGACAAGUCGGGGGAUGAAACAGUUCCAUUGCUGGAUCAAACCCUGGAAAUAUCAGAUGCAAGAGAGAGAAAGAAGGUGGAAAGAUUCACAGAAAAAUUCAAUAAGCUUAAAGAAACGGAGGCAAUUGAAAUACCAAAAGGCAAAGGAACCCCCAGGGGUCAAGUACCAAGAACUGACGCAUUUGUCAAGAAAUUCAAGGCUGAUGCUCUAAAGCAGCUUCACAGAGUACUGCUCUACAGAGUUGGGAAGGUUACUCUUAAAAUAAAGCAACAAACAAACAAAGAAGAUGAAAGGGAUAAAGAAGGUGUGGAAGAUAAACCUGAUGAAGAAGCUAGCAGUGAUGAUUCAGAAUCCAAGUCAAAAUCAAAGAAAGGUCACAGAAGCCAAUCUAAAAAGACAUCCAAGGAAGAUAAUACUAGUAAGUCUCCAAACAAAAAGCCUGAGAAGAAAUCUUCAGCUAAAAAAUGGGAACGAUCAAUCUUCAUCUUGAGAUGA